AUGUCCCGGCACAAUCCUCAUCCCUCAUCACACUUCACAUCUACAAUCGCAUUCUCAGACUAUCUUACAGCAAUCAUGCCUGCCCAUCACCAUUGCAACGCUCAUGCCGGCCUGCCCCGAGUUUGGCUUGGUUGGGGUGAGCUGGGCAACCGCAAGGCUCAACUCCAAGCUGAGCAGAACGAAUACUUCGAGAUCCACAACUCCGAUUUCAAGCUGCGACACCCAGACAGCCGCCGACGCGGCUGGGAUGUGCACUUGGAUGUCAUUCGCAAGUCGACCCGUUGGAUUGACUGGCGAAUCCACAAGACUGGUGACAAGCAGCAGCUUGUUCUUCCUGACUUUGUACGUGUUGAGCAGGUUGACAGCCUUCUUAAUUUCUUUUAUACUGGUGACUAUUCAGUUGACGAAGCAGACUUGAGAUAUUACUCGAUUAAGGCCUGCCCUGGUGGCUGCGUGACUUGUCCCCAGAUCUGUCAGCUCUUGCGCAUUCACUUGUCUAUGUUUCGAACUGCUCUUCUUCUUAGAAUUACUGAGCUCCAGGCUAUUGCUUUCCGCAGAUUCCGUGAUCUCAUGGAUACUGCUCCUGCUUUCGUUUUGCAGUACGCAGUUCACGCAGUCUAUAGUAGGGAGCCUAUCCCUGAUGGAAGCAAUAACUUCCAGAUCACUGGCUUAAAGUCCGUCAAGGACUAUCGGCCGGAGUUGGUGCUUCCUGCAGUUCUUAGAUAUUGUGGGUAUCACCGACUGAAUCCUCAGCAGAUCACAAGACAUGGGAAGCGAGUGAGAGUUUUUGGCGAGUCAGAGUUUACUGAACUACGACGAAAGAGCCCGAACUUUGAUCGGGACCUGGCUCUGGGACUGUGGCUGGAUACUAUUGAUAUCACAGUUCCGACCAUUCAGUUCCCAGGCAACUCAGAGCCCAUUAGGUGCCUUCACCCCUAUAUGCACACUCCACUCCCCCCACAGGUGGUAGACCCCAGACGGUCAAACUAUCAGUAUGUUACUUACUUGCAGCCAUUACCCUUCAAGGAUUUUAAUGACCAGCAACCUUCUAACACACCUACAUGGACCCCGUCCCCUGUGCGCACCUCCACUGGGUCCUUUGUUACUCCACAGACCUCGUUGCGCAGCACGCAGACACGCUACUCGUUGCGAAGCACGCAGAUGCAAUCCUCUUCGCAAAGUACGCAGACACGCUCCUCGUUCAAUCAGAGCAGCCAGGCCUCAGUGCAGCAGACCCCAGACCUUCCUUACUUCACCCUAGAACAGACGGAGAACCUGAGCUUCCUUGACGAAGCUCUAUGCGAUACUACUAUGGAUAAGAUCAAUGCGCAACUCCCACAAGAAUAUUCCACGGGCCCAGCCGAUUUGAAUGAUAUUGACUGGGCAAACACGAUGGACUGGAGCGGAGCGGAUGUACCAGAUAUUGACUUCAGCGAGUUGUUGAAUGAUGACACUUUGGACCUGCAGCUUUUCGAUCCAUCCUGCCUAGAUGUGCCCAUAGAUAUGGAUUUAGAUCUACCAGGACUGAACUCUUCUGAUCCCGCCGGUCUACCUGAUAUCGACUUCUCCGGACUUACCUCACAGGAUUCUAUCCACAGUUCAGUCUUGACUCAACCCCAGUGCAUGGACUCAAUCUUCAGCAUGUAUGACUACGUCACUGUGCCUCAGGAGAUUAAUUUCCUUCCAGAGCCAUUGAACUCAGAGAUGUAUACAGACUCUACUGCUUCCAACCUGAGGAACCGACAGCCAAUCCAGGCAGCGGUCCUUUCUGCACAAACCCCAGCUCAACAACAGGCAGUCCAGUCCACGCCUCUUUUGGCACGAGGCAAAUCCCGCACAUCGGUUUCACGUCAGAGCCGAGUUUCUCGUGCAUCGGCUGCACGUCAGAGGCAAUAUUCUGCUCAAACCCGGUACAAUUUGAGAAAUCGCCGCAGCAUGAUUGAUUUGACUGAGGCUAGAUUUAAAUGA